UCAUGACGGCUCCGGUCUCUAAUGGCUGAACAACAACAACUGUCGGCGAGUGACAAACUUUCGCAAACUUCUUCGGAGACAAAAGAAAGUUGGAUAUAGCGCAUUGUUUAGGUUGUAUAACAGUAUAGGGACGUUUGUCUGUUUUACUUAUCAUUACAAAUGUGGAAUUACUGAUGGAUUCGAGAUAUGACAUACCGCGGAGGGCCGCCGGUGGCGGCGGGGGCUCCGCGAACUCGUCCCCCGCUCUGGGGGCCCAGUCGCGCCGCAGGAAGAUGCCUCCCAGACCCGCUGAUUUCAAACUUCAAAUUAUCAUUAUUGGCUCCCGGGGUGUUGGUAAAACCAGUAUCAUGGAGAGAUUCACCGAUGACACUUUCUGCGAAGCUUGCAAGUCGACCGUAGGAGUUGACUUCAAAAUCAAGACGGUAGAGCUGAGAGGAAAGAAGAUCAGACUACAGAUAUGGGACACUGCUGGCCAGGAGAGAUUCAACAGCAUCACAUCAGCCUACUACAGAGGCGCCAAGGGAAUAGUGCUAGUGUAUGACAUCACAAAGCAGGAGACCUUUGACGAUCUGCCCAAAUGGAUGAAAAUGAUAGACAAGUAUGCCUCAGAGGAAGCAGAGCUUCUGCUGGUCGGAAACAAGCUGGACUGUGAGUCUGAUCGUGUCAUCUCCAGACAGCAGGGAGAAAGGUUUUCUUCUCGAAUAAGUGGAAUGCGCUUCUGCGAAGCUAGUGCCAAGGAUAACUUUAACGUCGAUGAGAUCUUCCUGAAGCUUGUGGAUGACAUUCUUAGCAAGAUGCCUCUGGAAGUUCCCAACAAUGAGCUUUCCAACAGCGUCCUGUCUCUGCAGCCUGAACCGGAAGUGCCUCCGGAGUUGCCGCCUCCCCGCAUGCGCUGUUGCUGAGAGUCAGAGUGGUCCCCCAUCCUAAACACACACACACACACACACGGACACAGACACACAUGCACACAGACACACACACUCAUGCAGAGUACCAAUCUGGCCACCAGGGGGCAGCAAACAGCAGCAGUUUGGAAUUGCUGACUGCUGAUGUAAGAUGCAUGGACUCUCUCAACAACCAGUAUUAUCUUCCCCUGUCUCUUCUCCUGUUUCGUAACUGUACACUAUGACAUGAACUACACUAACACUUAGGCCUGGUGAAUCUCCCACUUUCUACCACCCCUUCUGUCUACACUUGACCCAGACUACCUCAUUCCUUGGACCGUUAGGCUAGCUGUGCCCCACAGGUGCCUUCGAGGUAGAGAGCCCUCUGGUAGCAGUUGCACAUUUCACAUAGAGGGUGAUUACUGAGGGCCUUACAGCUUCCUGUUUUCUUUUAAAGAGUAGUCAUCACACAUACUGUACACUAAGUUUGACAUUGUCUGAGGGUCUGGUAUCUCUGCAUUCUCUAGCUUACAGAAAAGGGAUAACAAUAUCUUACGUCUCUUCGACUUAGUUAAAAUUCUGGAUCUAGGUACAGUAGUUUUAUAUUAAUAGAUAUUAUUACCAAGUGACGAGUUGACUUGAGGUAAACAAAAGCACAUGGUGUAAAUAUGGUGUGCUGCUGUAAUGACUGGACAAGGUGCAGGGUUUUUGCGGCCGGCAGUAGGUGGUUGCGUGGUGGUGGAUCAUAUCAGUUUUUAUUCCUUUGCCUUAAAGUGUUAAAGCGUUUGGAACGGCUCGUUUCACGUUUGUAUAAAUUGUAAUGUUUUGCACUACAAUCCAUCUUACCUAGUUAAGCUGACAUGCAGAAAACAGAAAGUACACGACUUGUAGUUUAGCGAGGAUCGAUGUUGCCUUGGUAGUGGCCGCUCUAAACUCCUCCACAAAAGUGGGAAGGAGACGCAAGGAAAGAUGGGUAAUGUAGUCUUUGAGGGAUUGGUGUUUUCACAGGGGCAUUCUCCAUGUGUGUUACUGGCUUUUUAAAGGAAGUAGAGACAGUGAGUAGCUAGUGCACACACACACACAUGGUUUUAGCCUUUGUUUUUGUUACUAAUAUUGCAAAGUGUUUUUUGUUUUUCCUCUGAAUUCAGAUACAGCUUAGAGAAGAUUUUUUUGACGUUCCCUUUCGGGAUUGAAAGCGCAGGAAGGUUUGUUUAGUAUUUGAAGGACUCAGGAAACUUUGAUCGGCUCGUAUCUGCUCAUUCUGAUGGGCUUUUAUCGCAGACUUGAUUUGAGUUUCAUAACAAAUUUAGAAAUCUUCUUAUAAAUUCUGCUUGAAGGGGAUGUUUGCAUUUUAUCUGAGGAGGUGAUCAGUUUUUAAUUAAAUGAUUGGGCAGUUUGUUACAGACCAGUAUGAGUGUAUCACAUCACUUGUACAUUUCCAAAAAAAAGCAAUGCAUGUUAAGCCCUCCUGUGUUCAGAGACAUUAACAGUCGUUUAAUUCUUCCGUCUUUUUUGUUAAAUUAAUGCAAUAUUGUAGCACUGUGAGUGUCUCUGUUUUGUUUUUACGUGUCGAAGUCUGAGGGUGAGGAAGGACGAGCCCAUUCAAAGGACCUGAUUUUAAAACAACCUGAACUGACUUACUCUUGGUUAAUUUUAUUUUUUUUUUGUCGAAGUUUAAUGUUAAAGUCGAGCUUCUAUGGACUUAAACUGGCACAUUAUGUAUUCUAACAAAUGAAGAGUUUCAUACCAAAACAAUAAAAUGGAAGAACUUUGCCGAUAAAACAGUUACUGACACCCAAGCACACACUGCAAUAAGAUUACCAGCCAGCAAACAACCAUACAAAUGAUCUGCAACGUCACAAAUGUUAUCACUUAUAUUUUGACAUGACAGACUUCUUUUGAUAUUGUUUUGUUGAAUGAAACCUUUCAUUUGUCCCCUCCCCCCUGACUUUUAGCAUUUGGCACUAACCCUGUGGUCUUUGUUUAAUUAAUAGCCAAGCCUUAUACUACUCAGUGUUUUAAAUAUACAUUUUAAGAAAUGCUCUUAUUUGAAAUGUGUAUCCUUUAAAGAUGGAAGACUGUACUUUGUAUUAAACCUGUUAUAAGUCUUUGAACAGUUUUGGCAUGUCUAAAGCAGAUUUGUGGUAUUUAUAACUUGUGGCAUUCUUGAACUAAUUAAAUGCAAUUAAAGAUAUCUAUAUUUAUUACCAGA